GAAAAGCUGUCAGGGGAGAAACACGUGACUUAAAAGUUUUAGAUAUUUUAUAAAACAUUGUUUCAAGAUAUGACAGAAAACAAAGUGUGUGAGUCCUUAUUUAUAUAGGAAUUUCUUAAAAGAAUAUAAACCGUUGACUGGAAUGCGAGACAAUAUCCUACACAACGGUGCUCACAUAUCCUACACACAGUGACGGAGUUGCCGCAGCAAACGUUUGAAGGAAUGGCCUUCAUAUCAUAUAUCCGACCAAUUCGUGGAAGAGGUCGGCCGCUCAUACCCCUCGCUCUUGUCCUCUGCAUCUACACUUUCGUCAAAUUCAAUUUUUCGCGCGACGACAAUGGGCGCCUAGCGAAUUUUUCCGGCGAGGAUCGGAUAUCGGGUUCCGGCGCUUCUCCUGGUGCGGGUCAGAAUGCGGAGCCUCAGGCAGCCAGAAAAGAAGAAUUGGUCUUCUUCCUCAUUUUGUGUGAAGGUAAGCCAAAGGCCGACCAGGGGGGAAAGAAGGCGUCUGAUAUCAGUCGUCAGAUCCGUCAGUCUGCUGUCAUGCUUAAGUCAGCGGCCGCUCUGACGUCAACUUUUCUCAGGUUCCUGGUGAUAGCAGAUUCGAAGUCUUUAUACCAGCAGCUGGUGGACACGACGUCGAACUGGCCCCGAGAGUACCAGCAGCGACUCUCCUUCGAGUACCACGACGUGUGGUACCCUCCGAGCCGGGAGAAAAUGCGCAAUAUGUUCCGGGUGUGCGCGACGGAGAGGCUCUUCCUGCCGGACAUGUUCCCCGACCUGGACGCGGCCAUUUACAUCGACACCGACCUCGUGUUCCUUCGUCCGCCGGAGGACCUGUGGGCCGAAUUCCGAGAGUUCAACGAUAGGCAAGUGGCUGCGAUGGCGCCUUGUCUCUAUCACUACGGCUCGAACAGGAACAAGAUUCCCUUUUACGGGUCUUCGGGCCUCAACGCAGGUAUCAUGCACAUGAACUUGACGCGCAUGAAGAGCUUCCCGGGAGGUGGUUGGACGCCGGCUGUCAUGAAGGUCUUCGACGAUUUCCGACAAAAGAUCAAACUGGCAGAUCAAGACAUGCUGAACAUCCUGUUUCAUAAGCAUCCAGAGAAACUUUAUGAACUGGGGUGCGAGUGGAACUACCGCAUGUGGCAGUGUUCUCAGGGGACUAACAUGUGCCCUCAGGCAGCCACCAAGGGGGUGUCCAUUCUACAUGGCAACGCCCUUGCUUUCGUCAGCGGGGCGGAAAGGAAAUUACAGGCGGUGUUCGACGCAUGGGAGCGACAUCAUUUAGGAGAUUCACUGCAUGAUCUCUUGACCUCGUUGCAAAAGGACCUCUCCGAAGUUAGUGAGAAGCGCCUGCAGUCCAAAUGUGCGAAGAUUUCUAACAUUGAUGCCAUCCUAACUAUGGAAUUUGAGAAACAUGUAAAGUGAAUUUCGGAAGUUAGGUAACGAAAAGCAACAGAGAAUAAGUGAUGAAAGGAUAAGAGUGUGUGAUGAAAUGAUUGGUAUUGAUACCGAGAGUAUCUCUUAAACGAUAAAGCCUUGAAAGUAUUACAUUUUUCAGAAGAAUUUUUGAAAAUCCCACGCUGCGUUGACGAUAUAUUUCAAUUAAUACCCAAUGUGCCUAUCUAUUCGGGUAUGUAUUGAUGGCCGAUGACAAAGAUUUCUCAUAUUGGGUUCAAAAGAUUUCUAAAUAUUUUAAUUAUAUAUAUAAAAGAAAUACAAUACACAUUAAAGAAGAUAUCGUCAAAUUUUGAAACUAGUGUUCUAAAUAUUAUUUACACAAAAUUCUAAAAAAAUAUAACAUCAGACAGGUCAAUGCACAUUUUGUUAUUCAUUGAUUUAACAUGCCAAAGACUUGAAUGAAAUGUAUAUCCCAUCUCGGUAAUCGACAUAAAUUAUUCAUGCCAUAAGUCAACAUUUCUUGUUACUAAAGUUACCCUUACCACUAAUGAACGACAUUAUAUCUUCCAUCUCCCUUUGUCAAUACCAUUAGAAUAGACGCUGGGAAACUGCUCUUGCCCGCUUAAGAAUUGGCUACACUCGCUUCACACAUUCCUAUCUCAUGUCACAGUCUGAUCCAACUCUGUGCUCUACAUGCAAUGUUCCUCUUUCAGUCUCACACAUCCUACUUUCCUGUCCCGGCUUUACAGAAACCCGUGCCUUUGCUUUUCCUCACUUAUUCUCACUUCCUCGAUCCCCCAUCCAACUGGACAUCCUCCACUGGACAUACCUUUUCCUUUGACAACUUGUCCUCCUUUCUCAGACGCAUAAAUAUCCUCCAUUUGAUGCCAUACUCCUCCCUCUUCUAUGCCCUUUACCCCAAACCAUACCCCGUUAGCAGUACAGUAGCACAAUAUUAUUAGUAAUGUUGAUAUUAUGAUAAUGAUAAUAAUUUUAAUUAAUUAUUAUAGUUAUUAUUUUAUAUUACUAUUAUUAUUGUUAUUAUUAUUAUUAUUAUUAUUUAUACAUUUCUCUCCGGGGCUGGUUUCGUAAUAGUCUUCUCUCUCGUACAUUCAAAUAUCCCUCCCUUCGGAGUCCAGUGACCUUACAAUAGAGAAGUACGUGAUCCUUUGCCUUAAAAUGCAUAUACUACCUUCUUUCUCUCUUACAGUCUGUGCACUCUUGUCAGUAAGUUUCAGGACUGUUCAACAUUACUUUAGAUAGUUGACGCAUAGCAACUAUCACCUGACAUCUCCCUUUACUAUACCUUCCUAUAGUGCUAUAUGACCUUAGAUGUCUAGCACAUCUAUUUCGCUUUUAACCAUUAACCAUUCAGGACUGUCUACGCGCCACAGAUCUGCCAGGUUUUGCUGGCUGCCCAGCCAUGUUGGAAUCCCCGGCUAUGAACAGGCAGACCAGGCUAAUUUGUACUUUGACCCAUUUAAUCAUCCUCUCCACUUUUACCCUUUCCAACACCAUCCCCAUCCCCGUCAACUCCAACUACUUCCGAUAUCCAUCCUCCCAACACUCAUCCUCCUCCUGCCCAUACCCCUACACCACUUCCUCCAAUUUCCUCCCAGCAUAAGCCACACAUCUCAGCUCAAACUACACGUACAUUCUCUCCCUCUCCAUCCCCUCUAUCAUUUCCAUUCCCUCCUGGAUACACACGUGAAACCUUUAUGUAAUUCCCUUACCUAGACCCACCGGAACCCAUUCACACAUCAACUCCUUUACCUAUCUUUAACUUUUCAAGACCACUCCUUUAAUAUACUUUCCUAUAGUGUUCUAUGACUUUAGAUGUUUAGCACAUUUAUUUUGCUUCCAACACAAUCAUGCUGCUGGCGUGUAGUGCAUAAUCAAUCUCACCCGCUCUUUGCCCUUCCCAUAGGGCUGCACGACCUUUGAUGUCUAGCAUAUUUAUUUUGCUUUUUGGCCUCUAAUCAUGAACCAUUUGGAGAUGAUAGUUGCAGUUCUGUCCUCUCAUCGGUAAUCCUUGCCUCCUAUUUUGAUUUCUUAGUAAGUGGCUCAUGUUCAUAACCCUAAAGUCCAUUUUGACAUACAAUGCAUUCUGCGUAAUAUCAUGAUUUGUGUGUUGGUGAUACAAUUAUUUAUUUGUUUUUUUUUUCAUUGCGUACAGUAGCCUGGUAACUAUUUAUUUGACUACUUUCAUUUUGUUUUUCGGUUAGAAAUCGGCAUGAAAAUGCAGUAUGCACAUGGAACUUUUAAGUGGAAGUAAGUUUCAAAGCGACCUAUAAAGUGAACUUUGCUUGGGUUUUCAGCUUUUUAGGAUGAUCAUCUCUGAGCUUUUAUUGAACAGCCCGGAUUGCUUUACAUUCCAUAAUUUUUGUCGGAAAGCUACCUUGAUGCAAGAUAAAGAGGAUUGUGAUAUAAAAUCAUGGUAAUUGGUCCAAAGCAUUAGGAAAAAGUUGGAAUGGUACUUAUACGCAAGAAUAAGGCAUUUUUCAUUAGUGCAUGGGUCGGCAUUCUUGCUAUGCCCAUUUGGGAGGAAAGCAAUAUUGUGAUGCUUAAGUACGAUGAAUAUUAAUCAUUUGAAUAUUUACGACUACUUUCAUAGGAUUUUGAUACUAUUUCCCAAGCAAUAUCAGCCGAGGACUAAGUAUUUCACAUUUGCUAAAUUUAGGAAUGAAAAACAAGUACAGCAUCCAUGGCAAAAUUAUUAUUGAUAAUCUAUUUUGGGCAGUCUUUCUUCCUGGUCAAAAAUAGGAAUAUUAUUUAUGACGUAGAUUUACGGCAACACUCUUAAAAAGAAAACAUUGUAUUUGUCAUCUUCAACCAACUGUGAUUAAAUGAUUUAAAAAAUACCAAAACGUUGUUUGAUAACCUCAAAAUAUUUAUUUGUUGCUACCAAUGCAAAAUUAGACUAAUCCUAAUCUAGAGCUACCU